AUGGCUGACUACAAGCCCGAGAGCAUGGUGGCAGCCAUCCGCCAAUCUUCUCCCAUCGACGUUACCACCACAUACGAUGCUGCCUGGAUCAAGGGCAAGGUCAUACUGAUAACGGGAGGCGCAAGCGGCUUCGGCGCUGGCUUUGUACGAUUGUGGGCGAAGAAUGGGGCCACAGUCAUUGUUGGCGACAUCAACGUGAAGAUGGGCGACGCGCUUGUACGCGAUGUGCGCAGAGAGGCGGGCCACGAGCGCGUGCAUUUCGUGCAUUGCGACGUCACAGAUUGGCAGUCACAGGUCAAUCUGUUCAAAGAGGCGAUCCAGCUGAGUCCCCACGGCGGGCUUGACACGGUAGUCGCCAAUGCAGGAAUUGCAGGUAUGGAUGUCUUGCAAGAGGGCAAGAAUCUCGAUGCUGCAGAGCCUCCGCCGCCCAACUUCAAGAUCAUGGAUGUGAAUCUCACAGGUGUCCUGUACACAACCCACCUCGCCUACUUCUACCUGCCAAAGAACCCGGGUUCGAAGGCGUGCAGCAUUGAUUCGAAACCUUGGACAGCAUCGCCGCGCGAUCGACAUUUGCUGCUGCUUGGCUCAGUAGCAUCUCUGGCGCCCAUUGCGAUACAACCGCAAUACAACGCGGCCAAGCACGCUGUACUGGGACUAUUUAGGAGUUUGAGAUCGACCAGUUCACUGCAGGGCAUACGGAUCAACUGCCUGUUCCCCUACUUCAUCGACACACCCAUUGUGCCCACCUUUGGCCGCCUAUUACUGGCCGGCGGCGCGAUGGGUCAAGUCGAAGAUGUAGUCGCCGCAGGGACACGUUUUGUGUCUGACAGUCGCAUCCUCGGCCGCUCCUUGGUGAUUGGACCGAAGGUGCAUGUCCGUCAGAAAGACAACGGCGAGUGGGAUCUGGUGACAGCUGGGUCGCCAGGCAGCAUCCAGACCGCAGUCUUUGAACCUUACGCCGACGAUUGGGAAGAUGUGGAUGCGUGGGAUCGUAACUUUGUGAAGAUUCUCAAUCUGGUUCAGGCUGGCCGAGGUUGGGCGGGGUGGGCUCACGAUAUCGUCAAGGCUGUCUUGUACGGAUUCGGCUUUGGGCGGUAA